GCGGGCGGACGUGCGGGGCGGCCGGCGGCGGGACGCGCGGCCCGGGGCGGGCUGCGAUGUGGGGAGGCCCGGGUAGCCCCGGGGGCGGCGGGGACGGGGGCGGAGCCGGGGGCGCCGCGGGCACCGCCCCCCUGCGCCGGCGGAGCCGCCGCCCGAGCGCGGACCCGGGAGCCCAAGGCGGCUGCGGCGUGCGGGACCCCGAGGACGCGGCCAUGCCGGGCCGGGCGGAGGCGGGGGAGGCCGAGGAGGAGGCCGGGGCCGGCUCGGGGUCCGAGGCGGAGGAGGACGCGCUGUGGGAGCGGAUCGAGGGCGUUCGGCACCGGCUGGCGCGCGCCCUGAACCCGGCCAAGCUCACGCCGUAUCUUCGCCAGUGCCGGGUCAUCGACGAGCAGGACGAGGAGGAGGUGCUGAGCACCUACCGCUUCCCGUGCCGCGUCAACCGCACCGGGCGCCUGAUGGAUAUCUUGCGCUGCCGUGGCAAGAGGGGCUAUGAGGCCUUCCUGGAAGCCCUGGAGUUCUACUACCCCGAACACUUCACGCUGCUCACUGGCCAGGAACCCGCGCAGCGCUGCUCCAUGAUCCUCGAUGAGGAGGGGCCUGAGGGCCUGACCCAGUUCUUGAUGACAGAGGUUCGACGGCUGCGGGAAGCUCGCAAGAGCCAGCUACAGCGGGAGCAGCAACUGCAGGCCCGGGGCCGGGUGCUGGAGGAGGAGCGGGCAGGGCUGGAGCAGCGGCUGCGGGACCAGCAGCAGGCUCAGGAGCGCUGUCAGCGGCUGCGGGAGGACUGGGAGGCGAGCAGCCUGGAGCUCCUGCGACUCAAGGAUGAGAACUACAUGAUCGCCAUGCGCCUGGCCCAGCUCAGUGAAGAGAAGAACUCCGCUGUGCUUCGAAGCCGUGACCUGCAGCUGGCGGUGGACCAGCUCAAGCUCAAGGUGAGUCGGCUGGAGGAAGAGUGUGCACUGCUGCGAAGGGCCAGGGCGCCGCCUCCUGGGGCGGAGGACAAGGACAAGGAGAAGGAGAAGGAGAAGGAGAAGGAGAAGGAGAAGGAGAAGGAGAAGGAGAAGGAGCCGGACAACGUAGACCUUGUCUAUGAGCUGCGUGCUGAGAACCAGCGGCUGACGGCGUCACUGCAGGAGCUGCAGGAGGGCCUGCACCGGGAGGCGAGCCGGCCGGGGGCCCCAGGCUCUGAACGAAUCCUGCUGGACAUCCUAGAGCAUGACUGGAGGGAGGCACAGGACAGCAGGCAGGAGCUGUGCCAGAAGCUGCACGCUGUGCAGGGGGAGCUGCAGUGGGCCGAGGAGCUGCGAGACCAGUACCUGCAGGGGAUGGAAGACCUGCAGCUGAAGCACCGCACACUGCAGAAGGACUGUGACCUGUACAAGCACCGCAUGGCCACUGUCCUGGCUCAGCUGGAGGAGAUUGAGAAGGAGCGGGACCAGGCCAUCCAGAGCCGUGACCGGAUCCAGUUGCAGUACUCACAGAGUCUCAUUGAGAAGGACCAGUACCGAAAGCAGGUGCGGGGCCUGGAGGCAGAGCGGGACGAGCUGCUCACGGCGCUCACCAGCCUGGAGGGCACCAAGGCUCUGCUGGAGGUGCAGCUGCAGCGGGCCCAGGGUGGCACCUGCCUCAAGGCCUGUGCGUCCUCCCAUUCCCUGUGCUCCAACCUCAGCAGCACUUGGAGCCUGAGCGAGUUCCCCUCCCCUCUGGGAGGCCCAGAGGCAACCGGGGAGGCCGCUGUCACGGGGGGAUCUGAGCCUCACCCCUCGGAGGAGGCCACAGACAGUGAGAAGGAGAUCAACCGACUCUCCAUCCUGCCCUUCCCGCCCAGUGCCGGCUCCAUCCUCCGCCGGCAGCGUGAGGAGGACCCCGAACCCCCUAAGAGGUCCUUCAGCAGCAUGUCAGACAUCACAGGGAGUGUGACACUUAAGCCCUGGUCCCCUGGCCUCUCUUCGUCAUCUUCCUCCGACAGCGUGUGGCCUUUGGGAAAGCCGGAAGGCCUCCUGGCGCGGGGCUGUGGCCUGGACUUCCUUAACAGGUCUCUGGCCAUCCGAGUGUCUGGCCGGAGCCCCCCGGGGGGCCCAGAGCCACAGGACAAGGGCCCAGAUGGACUGUCAUUUUGUGGGGACAGAUGGUCUGGGGCUGUGGUGCGGAGGGUGAUCUCUGGGCCUGGGUCAGCCAGGAUGGAACCAAGAGAGCAAAGAGUGGAAGCUGCUGGUCUGGAGGGGGCGUGUCUGGAAGCCGAGGCCCAGCAGAAAACCUUGCUCUGGAACCAGAGGUCCACAUUCCCCUCCCUGAUGGACUCGAAAGCCUGCCAGUCCUUCCGUGAGGCCCUAGAAGCCUGGGCAAAGGGGCCAGGGGCCGAGCCCUUCUACAUCCGUGCCAACCUCACCCUGCCCGAGAGGGCAGAUCCCCAUGCCCUUUGUGUGAAAGCCCAAGAGAUUCUUCGGCUGGUGGACCCGGCGUACAAGCGGAGGCAGGAAUGGUUCUGCACCCGCGUUGACCCCCUCACUCUUCGGGACCUGGACCGGGGCACUGUGCCCAAUUAUCAGAGAGCCCAGCAGCUCCUAGAAGUUCAGGAGAAAUGCCUGCCCUCCAGCCGGCACCGAGGCCCCCGCAGUAAUCUGAAGAAGAGAGCCCUGGACCAGCUGCGGCUGGUGAGGCCCAAGCCUGUGGGAGUGGCCGCAGGGGACGCCCCAGAGCAGCCGCUGCUGGAGCCCUGUGGAGAGCCAGAGCGCAGCCUCAGACCCUACAGUUUGGUGCGGCCACUGCUGGUGUCUGCCCUGCGGCCUGUGGUGUUGUUGCCUGAAUGCCUGGCGUCCCGGCUCAUCCGAAACCUGCUAGACCUGCCCAGCUCCCGGCUGGACUUCCAAGUGUGCCCUGCAGAAAGCCUCUCUGGGGAGGAACUGUGCUCAUCCUCAGCGCCUGGAGCCCCCAAGGCCCAGCCUGCCAUCCCUGGGCUGGGCAGCAGGAUCCGGGCCAUCCAGGAGUCUGUUGGGAAGAAGCACUGCCUGCUGGAGCUGGGUGCUCAGGGUGUGCGGGAGCUGGUGCACAAUGAGAUCUACCCCAUCGUCAUCCACGUGGAGGUGACCGAGAAGAACGUUCGGGAAGUCAGGGGGCUGCUGGGCCGGCCGGGCUGGCGGGACUCAGAGCUGCUUCGGCAGUGCCGUGGCUCAGAUCACGUGCUCUGGGGGCUGCCCUGCUCCUGGGUGCAGGUCCCCGCCCAUGAGUGGGGCCACGCAGAGGAGCUGGCCAAGGUGGUGCGCGGCCGCAUCCUGCAGGAGCAGGCCCGCCUCGUGUGGGUGGAGCGCGGCAGCAGCAGAGGCUCCGGUGGCAGCAGUGAGGCCUGAGGCUCAUCUGAUACCUGCGGCUUCUUCCAAGCCAGCGGAAACCCUGGUGUCUGAGGCGAAGCUGGGUCCUCCCAUCCUGAGCCUUCCUAGAACCUUGGACUCUCAGUCGCAGGGCCCUUGGCUCUGGCCUUGCCCAGCCUUCGGGAGCCCCGGGCCAGAGCGCCCACCCAUCCCCGUACUUGCUGCUCUGGGCCUCUCCACCUGUCCUGGGGUCUCCACAUUCCCACUAGUGGGUCUGUCUUCUUAAACACUCGCCCUGGAGUCUCCACAUUCCCACUAGUGGGUCUGUCUUCUUAAACACUCGCCCUGGAGUCUGUUCUCACACCUGUGCGCAGGUUUGCACACUCAAGUUCUCACGGGUAGGCUCAGGUCUGUCCCUCUGCCCUGGGCACCAGGUCUCCCAAGGACCUGGGCCUGUUCUGCUCCCAGGAGCCCUGAGCCCAUUAUCGUGUGACUUCCGCCAUCCAGCUCACGUUCCUCGUGGAUUCAGCCAUGCAUGGGACAGCAGAGGGGUUGGGGGCAGCGGGCGCUUCCUGGGCCCUCGGUCACCUGUGCCCCUCAUGUCUCCUCACAUGGGUAUCUGUGGUUCUCUCCUGUGUAAAUGUCACGCCCCACCCCCGUUUCACGUGGGCACACGCAGGACUGUCUCUCACAGAGCCCAACCCCUGCCUCUGCCUCCCUCUUGGGGGGCCGGGGAGGGCUCUGUCAUGAGAAUGUAUAGCCCGUGAAGGGGCCUUUUUCACUCUGAAGCUGCACAUUACAGAACAUUAAACACUUUUGUCGUAGA